AUGCAGGGACGAAAGAAGCUGUUUUCGUCUGGAACCCCACUGACACUUGCUUCGUCUGGCAACGCGCAGUCGAUCACAUCCUUGCCUCUGCUGGCGUUCACCCCCGAGCUCUCGCUAGAGCCAAUUGUGAUCUGUCUCGGCGAGUCGAGCAGUAGUGCCGCGCUCGAGCCCAUUGUCACCUGUUUCGGCGAGCCAAACAGCGGUGCUUACCUCGAGACAAAGGUGAACGGGAUAGAUCCGGCCGCCGUCAACUCGUUUCGGAAUCGUCCUCAUCAGCAUCGACAGUUGGGGUCAGCAGCAUACUCGCGGCGACGGUUCCCGCCACAUUGUCGCGGUCAUUUGCAACAUCCUCAUCUGCGGCAGCUGAAACGACCAGGAGUUGUACAUGCCGCGUGUCUUUGUCCGGAGCGGCUUCGGUGUUGA